GAUAGAUUUGUCAAACCUUUAUUUUGAAAAAAGUAAUAACGUCAUCAAACCUCGACGUAUCUUCAGCUAAAAUUGGGCUAGUUAGCUUUACUUGACCUCACAAACAGUCAGAUGGGAAAAGGCGUGUCUGACUUUGCACCAGCUGAGUUCAUAUCGGGGCUAUGCCAUAUAGGUGACCACGACAGAUUUCCUUUGUGGCAGAAUGGAACUGUCAGCUCCUGUUUCAACCAACUGUGCCUGGGAGCCCUGGCACAUGCUGUGGUGGCCAUCUUCAGCGCCUGUUACCUAAGUGUUCCAAGUUGUGGGCCCCAUCAUUCUUCUUUCCCAUGUUGUUGGAGCAUCAGAGUGGCUUCAGCUCUGUUGGUAGCCCUGGUCUUUGUUGCAGAUAUGGUGGUGGUGGCCCUUCUCCAUCAGGGGGACAUAUAUCUGGAUUUCUUGGCAGAUGGCUGUGCUAUCCUGGCCUGGCUGGUCCACUUUGGGACCAUGCUAAUCCUCCAAAGGUCUGUCUAUAGAAGAACCAGGGGUCCAUCUAUGUUACUUCUUCUAGUCUUACUCCCUCUUCCUAACUUUGUUGUCACCUUGGUGGUUUAUGCCCAGGAUGACACCUAUCUUGACCUAGGGGAACCCCUGAAGGUGACACGUUUUGCCCUGGCAGCAGCCCGAACGAUUCCUCUCCUGUUAUACAUAAUGGCUUUUGCAUUCCCAUGUAUUGGUGAUUCUGGAUAUACCCUGCAUAUCAAUUCUGUGCAUGACUCUCUGCUGAUACCAGGAAGUUCCUACCCAGAUACAGGUGAUAUGGUGGCAGAGGAUGGUAGUAGCUGUGUGUCUCGACUCCUCUACCUAUGGAUGAACCCUCUCCUUCAGCGAGGACAGCGUGGGGAGCUGUACCGGUCAUGUGACGUUUAUCUCCUUCCCUUAAAACUUCGCACCAAUGUGGUGCGCCAAUAUUUUCACCACUGCUGGGAGGAGUGCCAGCAGAGGCGAGCCACACAAGAAUGCCAUAGUCAACACAGAUCCUCCCCUCACCAGGAACAACCAUUAGAGAUAGUGGUAGAAGACGUGGGGCUAUUGAGGGUACUUCACAAGGCUUUUGGCUUGCAGUAUUAUAUGCUAGGUGUGCUGAAGCUGGUUGGCAACAUGCUGGGCUUUGCAGGACCCUUACUUCUCAGCAACCUGGUUGGCUUCAUGGAGAAGGAGGGAGCACCUGUCAGCUGGGGUGCCUGGUGCACCGUUGGUCUCUUCGCCAGCACCUUAUUAUCUGCUGUCAUUCGUAAUAUCUUUGUCUUUGAAGUCUCCAAGGUGGUAUUAUUGGCUCGUGCUGCCAUCGUGUCCACCAUUUAUGGCAAAGCCUUACGGGUCAGUAGGAGCAAUCUGGCACAGUUCUCCUUAGGGGAGGUGAUCAACUUCAUGAGUACUGAUACAGACCGUGUAGUCAACUUUUUUAAUAGUUUUCAUGAGGUAUGGAGCUUGCCUUUCCAGUUCUCUAUUGCCCUCUACUUGCUGUACCUGCAGGUGGGAGUGGCCUUCUUGGGUGGUCUGGGUGUGGCUUUAUUGCUGGUGCCACUCAAUAAACUUUUGGCCUCACUUAUCUUGGAGAAUAACAAGCAAAUGCUGAGGCACAAGGAUAGUCGGGUUAAGCUAAUGACAGAGGUACUCUUUGGAAUAAGAGUCAUCAAGUUUUAUAACUGGGAGGCUCAUUUUGCCGAAAAGAUUGCAGAGUGUCGGAGGUUAGAGCUGUCCCACCUUAAAGCCAUCAAGUACCUAGAUGCAGUAUGUGUGUACACUUGGGCAGCUCUACCUGUGGUCAUCUCCAUCCUAACCUUUGUUACAUACGUGUUGCUAGGACAUGAACUAACUGCAGCCAAGGUGUUUACCACUCUGGCAUUAGUAGGCAUGCUGAUACUGCCACUCAACAGCUUCCCUUGGGUCCUCAACGGCACAUUGGAGGCUAAAGUGUCCCUAGGUCGCAUACAGCACUUUCUCACACUGUCCAACCUGGACCUCGAUGCAUACUACAGUCCAGUAGCUCCUGAGGACCCCCAGACUACUAUUGAGAUUAAACAAGGCACAUUCUCAUGGCAAGGUCGAUCCAGUCCAGACAACCCCUCUGAGCUGGAGGGAGAAACUGGUUUUCAUAAUGGAAAUAUACUUCUCCAUAACCUCCACAUCAGCAUUACUAAGGGCUUCCUUGUUGUGGUGGUGGGAACGGUGGGAUGUGGGAAGAGCUCCUUACUUGCAGCCAUUUCUGGAGAACUCAACAGGUGUGGAGGUGCUGUGUAUGUCCAAGGAAGAGAAGAUGGGUUUGGUCUGGCCGCCCAGGAGCCCUGGAUCCAACAUGCAACAGUGCGGGACAACAUCCUAUUUGGAAGGAGCUAUAACAGCAUCUACUACCAGGCUGUGAUUGAAGCUUGCGCACUCACAGAUGACCUCCACAUUUUGCCGAAUGGUGACAGAACAGAAGUAGGAGAGAAUGGAGUGACUUUAAGUGGAGGACAGAAGGCUCGUUUAGCAUUGGCCAGGGCAGUUUACAUGGAGAAGGACAUUUACCUCCUUGACGAUCCAUUGGCAGCUGUUGAUACCAACGUGGCCCACCACCUGAUGGAGAAAUGUGUUUUGGGAAUACUCCGAAGGAAGACCAGAAUCCUCUGCACUCACCGCAUUGAGUUUGUGGACAAAGCUGAUAUGGUGAUUCUUAUGGACAAAGGGACCAUUAUAAAAAUUGACAUACCAGCAGAGAUCCUUCCUUUGAUGGAGGCAGUGACAAAGAAACGAAAGAAUGACUGCAAUGCAAAGGAAAAAAAUGGCGUUGAACGAGAGGAGGAACAGUGUCCAUCCACUGACCUAUGUGUGGAGGAGGAGUCUUCCUUGUCAGAGGAUGAGCAGAAGCAGGUGGGUGGGCUGGCCUGGAAUGUUUACCACACCUACUGGAGGUCCGUGGGUGGAGUUCUGGUGUUCUCCAUCUUUUUGUCCCUUCUUUUCAUGCAAGCCUCAAAAAAUGUGUCUGACUGGUGGUUGUCCCACUGGAUCUCCAAACUGAAGUGCAAUGGAUCUGGUCUGAGUCUUCAAACACCUGAUUUCAGUACACAGCAUCUGCUGUUCUUAUCUGGAGGACUAAUGUACCCGGUCACUUACAUGGAAAUUGCCUAUGUGACCAACAUAAGUUCUGAGGUGAAGUUUUAUCUGACUGUGUAUGGUUGCAUAGCCGUCGCCAACACUGUCUUCACAGCAAUUAGAGCCUUUCUUUUUGCCUAUGGAGGCAUCCGGGCUGCUACACUUAUCCACAACAGAGUUUUGGACCAAGUCCUAAAGGCCACCAUGGCAUUCUUUGACACCACACCCCAGGGCCGAGUCCUGAACCGCUUCUCUUCUGACUUGUACAGCAUAGAUGACUCUCUACCCUUCGUCCUCAACAUCCUGCUGGCCAACAUCUUUUGCGUAUUGGGCAUAUUGGUGGUAAUGAGCUAUGGUCUGCCCUGGGUCCUAGUGCCACUGAUACCCCUGGCCCUAGUCUACCACCGCACACAACGUUUUUACCGCUACACGUCCAGAGAGUUAAAACGCCUGUGUAGUCUCACCCUCUCUCCAGUGUACUCUCACUUUUCAGAAACUAUCACCGGUCUAGAGACGAUCCGGGCUAGUGGCAGUGCCACAAGGUUUGAGGAGGAGAAUGAACGCCGACUAGAUGUGAACCAGCGCUGUCUGUUCCUUAGCAACGCCGCCAUGCAAUGGCUGGACAUCCGUCUGCAGAUGAUUGGUGUUGCCGUGGUGACUGUCAUCGGAAUCAUUGCCGUUAUUCAGCACAAGUUCAAAUACAUUGAUCCAGGUCUAGUUGGUCUCUCCCUGUCCUACGCCCUGUCCAUUACAGGCCUACUGUCAGGGCUGAUUUUCAGCUUUACCCAGACUGAGAUGCAGCUGGUGAGUGUUGAGCGCACUGAAGAAUACACCACCAGCCUGCCCACCGAGCCCCAACAAUCUAACCCUCAGGUACCCUCUGGGUGGCCAGAGCAGGGCUGGAUAGAGUUCCGGGGGGCUGUUCUGUCUUACAGAGAGGGCAUGCCCAACGCCCUAGAUGGCUUGAGUCUGGUGGUCCGUCCUGGAGAAAAGAUUGGAAUUUUGGGCCGUACUGGCUCAGGCAAGUCCUCCCUGUUCAUGGCCCUUUUCCGUAUGGUUGAGCUCAGCCAGGGUCAGAUCUUACUGGAUGGAUUGGACACGAGCCAUGUGGGACUUGCCCAACUCAGGUCCAAGCUGGCUAUCAUCCCCCAAGACCCGUUCUUGUUCAAUGGGACAGUGAGGGAGAACCUGGACCCUUGUGGACGACAUUCAGACCACAGCCUGGCAGACGCCCUAGAGCAGUGCCACCUCAGUCAAGUCAUCAACAGCAUAGGUGGGCUUGAUGGUGAGGUGAGAGAGAGAGGGAUGUUUUUCUCCCUGGGCCAGAGACAGCUGCUGUGUUUAGCUAGAGCUCUACUGACCAAUGCCAAUAUUCUGUGCAUCGAUGAAGCUACUGCUAGUGUUGAUCAUCAGACUGACAAGUUGAUUCAACAAACAAUCAGGGAAAGAUUUCAUGACAAGACUGUUCUCACCAUUGCUCACAGGGUCAACACCAUCAUGGAUUCAGACAGGGUGCUAAUAAUGCAUGUUGGAAAAGUGGUGGAAUUUGACACCCCUGAAGCUCUUUACCAAAGAGCUGACUCCAUGUUUUUCCACCUGGUUGAUGGGAAAGGUGAAUGAGCAGAAGCCACACGGUGCUGAAUGUUAUAAGGACAACAAUGGAAUCGCCACACAAGCUCCCGAUGGCCAAACAUUUUGGCAAACCACUAUGGCCAGAGGUAGAUUAUACCUGCUGGAGAUGGCUGUGACCACUGCUCCUGUGACACUCCAAAUAUUCCAAAUGUAAUAAAGAACCAUAGCAACAUUGUAUAGUUGUAAUAAAAAGGAUAGUACAGUAAACAGUAAGUCUUGACAAACACAAAAAACAUGUAAAACACAUUUUACUGAUGACCUGGUCUGCUGGUAUUAACUGCAUAGAGUUGGAACAGUUAUCAUUUAACGUAUAAUGCCAAUACUUUAAUAGGUCAAAGAAAUAGAAAUCUAUUGGUAAUAACUUGUUUACAGCCUUUAAUUUAAUCUAAUGAGGGAGGUUUGAACUGCUGUAUAUUUAUAUGAAAAACAUUUAAAUGAAGGUAAACUAAAUAAAAAGUAUAAGUGAGUCAUU